AUGCACGAUCAACGGAAGGUGCGCCACGAGAUUAACGAGGCGGCGCGGGAGCGCGAUCUUGCCGAGGUGCAGGCAUUCACCUCCCUCCAUGACUCUAUGCUGCGGCAGCGUGAUCGUCAGAUCUACUCUGAGGCGGUUUUGCAGCAGCUGUCGGAGCUGCUCUGCAAGAACCCAGAGGCGUACUCGAUGUACAACUACCGACGCAAUGUUCUGUUGCAUCUCUGGAGGGAAAUGCGGGAACAGCAGGAAGAAGACGUGAAAACAAACGAGCCCGCCAAGGAAAUCGCAUGCAUGGAGGGGGGUGAUACAGCGGUAAAUACGUCGUUCCCCUCAUCGCGGGUUGAAGAAGAGAAGAGGCAGACUGCUGUACAAAGAAAGAUGGAGUUUCUCAAGGAAGAAUUGAGGCUUAACUCAAAGAUACUUCUUCGCGAUUACAAGGUGUACGUCGCGUUUCUGCACCGGCGCUGGAUUUUUGCGCAGCUCAAACGGUUUGCCAAAGAUGCCCUUCUCACUGCAGAUGCCGCUGGUGUCCCUGGGCAAGGCCCUUCUGUCAGGGUGGAGUGCCCUGAGGAGGUGCGUUUCUGGUCGUCCAUCUUGAUAAGGGAGAAGGAGCAGUGCGAUGCGUUGCUUGCGGUGGAUGAACGUAAUUUUCACGCGUGGAACUAUCGACGAUGGGCGUUGAGCGAAAUUGCAUACAUGGAUAACCUCCUCGCGCACUGUUCCGUCGACACUGCUUCCGCCAGUUCCAAGAACCCGGCUGAGAAGGAGGUGCCCAAGGCGAGGCAGUUACAGGAACAGCAGCCUCAGUCAUGUGGUGAUGAGGGUGUUGUGGAACCGCGCGGGUUGUUUUUCACUCCUGAUGAGCUGAAGGAGUUAAACUUUACUACAAAAAUGGUGCAGAGAAACUUUUCCAACUACAGCGCGUGGCAUCAGCGUGGAUUAAUCAUAAAAACGGCGCUUCAACGUCUGCAGCAAAGGCUUGGGGAUGAUGUUAUGCGUGAUGCUACUUUGAGAGAGGCGUGGGAGCAGCUGGAGGAGGACUUGACGCUUUUUACCACUGCGAUUUACUGUGAUCCGUCGGAUCAAUCGGCGUGGUACUAUGCUCAGUUUCUCAGAAGGGCAGCCGAAACUCUGGAACACAUCUUACCUGCCCCAUAUGCUGCGUGUGACGACUUUAUAAUGCGUCCAAUUCAGUCGUGUAUAGAGCUUUUGACCGAAGAAAAGCGGCUUGGCGAUGAGGCAGAUAUGUACUGGCCUCGCUACUACCUUUUUACCUCACUACUCGCUUCCUGCGUGUCCGAAAAUAGCAAUGACAACGUGAAGAAUAGGACGGCGGCGGCAGUGACUGCAUUGGUACGUGAUAUACGGAGAGCGUUAUGCCCCAAUGAUUCACUCAGUGGCACUAGUGACAUUGAGGAGGAUCGUGGAUGGUGCCUGCGGGAACUCGCUGCGGAGUUGGUGCGGGUCGACCCUAUGCGUGCGGGCAUGUAUCAAGGUCUUCUCGCGACUUCCACCACUUGA